GAACAAUAAACCAGAGAAGAAGAAGAACACACCGCCACACACAGCAAAGAUGGCGUCGCUGAGUGACAAAUCAGUUUGGGACGAGGUGGAGGAUGGCAUCGGCGAGGAGGUGCUGAAGAUGUCCACGGAGGAGAUCGUCCAGCGGACCCGGCUCCUCGACAGCGAGAUCAAGAUCAUGAAGAGCGAGGUGCUCCGCGUCACCCACGAGCUGCAGGCCAUGAAGGAUAAAAUCAAAGAAAACACGGAGAAGAUCAAGGUGAACAAAACCCUGCCCUACCUGGUCUCCAACGUGAUCGAGCUGCUGGACGUGGACCCCAACGACCAGGAGGAGGACGGGGCCAACGUGGACCUGGACUCCCAGAGGAAGGGGAAGUGCGCCGUCAUCAAGACCUCCACCCGCCAGACCUACUUCCUCCCGGUGAUCGGGCUGGUGGACGCGGAGAAGCUGAAGCCCGGGGACCUGGUGGGGGUGAACAAGGACUCCUACCUGAUCCUGGAGACCCUGCCCACCGAGUACGACUCCAGGGUGAAGGCCAUGGAGGUGGAUGAACGACCCACAGAGCAGUACAGCGACAUCGGCGGCCUGGACAAGCAGAUCCAGGAGCUGGUGGAGGCGAUAGUGCUGCCCAUGAACCACAAGGAGAAGUUCGAGAACCUGGGCAUCCAGCCGCCCAAAGGGGUGCUGAUGUACGGCCCGCCCGGCACCGGGAAGACCCUGCUGGCCCGAGCCUGCGCCGCCCAGACCAAGGCCACCUUCCUGAAGCUGGCGGGGCCGCAGCUGGUGCAGAUGUUCAUCGGAGACGGAGCCAAGCUGGUGAGAGACGCCUUCGCCCUGGCCAAGGAGAAAGCCCCGUCCAUCAUCUUCAUCGACGAGCUGGACGCCAUCGGAACCAAGAGGUUCGACAGCGAGAAGGCGGGAGACCGAGAGGUGCAGAGGACCAUGCUGGAGCUGCUCAACCAGCUGGACGGCUUUCAGCCCAACAUGCAGGUCAAGGUGAUUGCUGCCACCAACAGAGUAGACAUCUUGGACCCUGCUCUGCUUCGUUCUGGUCGUCUGGACAGGAAGAUCGAGUUCCCCAUGCCCAACGAAGAGGCCAGAGCACGCAUAAUGCAGAUUCACUCCCGUAAGAUGAACGUCAGCCCUGACGUCAACUAUGAGGAGCUGGCCCGCUGCACAGACGACUUCAACGGCGCCCAGUGUAAAGCCGUCUGCGUGGAGGCCGGUAUGAUCGCCCUGCGCCGCGGGGCUACAGAGCUCAACCAUGAGGAUUACAUGGAGGGAAUCCUGGAGGUCCAAGCCAAGAAGAAGGCUAACCUUCAGUACUAUGCCUAAGGACACUGACUGUGUCCAUGUUUGUGUGAGCGUGUCUUUGAUUAUUACAGCAGUUGUUGAGUAAACACUUGUUACUAAAACUGAUCUUGGGUUAAUAAAGUGAAUAAAAGUAAAA